AUGUUUUGGAUUGCGGCAAAUGCCUACAAUGAGUACGUUUUUGAAAUAGCUAUGUCCAAGAUAAAAGAGUUUGAUGCAGCAGCAUAUGACUAUCUCAAAAAUGUAGAAGAGCAGUGGAGUGUGCACAUGUUUGACAGAACAGUUUGUUGUGAUCAUAACACAACAAACUUCGUAGAGUCAUUCAAUGCAAUAACAAAGGCCAAUAGGGACAUGCCUGUGUUGACAUUGCUGGAAGAUGUAAGGAAUUCGUGCAUGAAAAGGAUGAGUUCCAGGUUCGAUAAAGCAGUAAGUAUGAAACCUAAUGAUCUAACAGAGCAUGCAAAAGGGGUGUUGGCGACUAGGACUGAUGAUUUUAGGUUCUGCCAUGUCACUGCAGCUGGAGGUGGAGAGUUUGAGGUGAGGGAUGGCCAUGUCAAGUUUCCUGUCACCCUUGGAAAUAUGACUUGUGGGUGUGGGAAAUGGCAAGGAUUAGAGAUCCCUUGCAAGCAUGGGCUAAGGGUCAUUUACAACCAGAGACUUGAUUCUAGGGACUUUGUCUCACCUUUCUACAAGGGGGCUGCUUACAAGCUCACUUAUGGAGACCACAUCCACCCCAUGGCUGAUCCAACUCACUGA